CAAAAAGCCAUGGAGCGUCCCGGGACGGCCGGGACGGCUCUGCUGGUGGCGAGCCUUGCACUUGGCGUGGCCGCGGCGGCCUCAUGGCGACGCGCCAAGGGACCCAAGGUCCAAAUCGCCAAGAGCAUCUAUGUGGAUGGUCUCGGUGAAGUUGCGGUGAAGCAGCAGAAGAGUGGAGGAAAGAUUCAUGUGACCUUGGACUGGAAGUCUUUGCUCGGCAUUCCUUUUGAGUUACCUUUCUGUUCGGCCGUGGUCACUGACGGCGGCACCAUCUAUGUUUCCGGCAGCAUUGGAGCACAGCGUGGGGCUGAUGGGAAGCCUAUGAUUGUGCCAGGUGGUCCCGAGAAGGAAGCGAUCCAAACGUUGCGCAUGAUCGAGGCCUCUCUGAAGGCCUGCGGCGCUGGCUUAGAACAUGUGACCAUGGUGCACGCAUUUUUGGUGGACUACUCCCAGGAGAGAUUUCAGGCCAUGAACAAAGGAUAUUUCGAGGUCUGGGGCUCCCGUCCCCUGCCCGCGCGCAUCUGCACGGGCACUGACCAUGUGGGCCUCAAUGGGGCGGUGGAGAUGGAUGCAGUGGCGCAGCUGUGAGAUCAGCCCACUGCAGUGAGGAAAUUCCAUGGGAAAUUCUGUACAUCAUGGUGAUCAAUGAGUUCUUCAACGGUUAUAGUUAACUAGAAC